GGUGGGGGUAGGUGACGGCGACGUCACGACGCCGGCACACCGUCGUCGUCGUCGGCAAAUGUAACGAAGGCAGACGUGCAGGCGUCGAUAAUAAAGGUUUUUUGAAUAGACACUGUUCGCUCGUUGGGGUCGGUUGCUCUGGGUUGGCCGUUCGUUUAACCGCGAACCAGAAGGACGAGUGAAGACGAAGAAGAAUUUUUUGGCGUGGUCCGGAAGGAAGUGCAUGAGGUGCCCGGAAAACGGUAGAAGAAGAGGAGAGCGAUGGGCGGUAGUGUGUUGGUUUUCGUUAAUGUUUUAAUAUUAGGAAGUUUUAUAAUUGAAUGUCUAGCAAACAGUGACAAUUCACAAACUAGCGAACAUAAACCUAUACAAUGUUAUGAUUGUAAUUCAGAGUACGAUCCUAGAUGUGGUUUGGAUUUUGACAACUACACCAUAGGCGUCGUUAAUUGUAACGAGAAAAGGAAAUUAGAUCAUAUGAAAACAUUUGUUCCCAUUUUGUGUAGGAAAGUUAUUCAAAAAGUUCAUGGUAAAAUAAGGGUAAUUCGUGGUUGCGGUUAUAUAAAAGAUGAAGAUCACGACGAUAAGGAAUGUUAUACGCGUUCCGGUACACAUGACGUGAAAGUAACAUAUUGCUCCUGCACUACGAGCCUAUGCAACGGAGCACCCCGAUUUGGGUAUCCUGCCGAGGUUUCCGCUAUUUGCGGUACCGCUUUCCUAGCGACGAUCAUAAUGACCGCUUGGAUCAACUAAAUAGAGUAAAUAAUAAUCAAAACGAUAAAAAAAAAUAAAUAAAAUAGAUAAAUCGAUACAUUCGCAACAUUUUUGUUUUAAAAA